AUUCCAACACUGUUAUUCGGCAUAAACAAAACGACCAAAGCGAAAGAGGAAAAUUUAUUUUAUUUGAAAAUUGAAAAUAUUAUGUAUAACGCCGACUGCAUACCCAUCAAGGACAUAAAGCCGGGUCUGAAAAACAUCAAUGUGAUAUUUAUUGUACUGGAAGUGGGCGUGGCCACAGUAACCAAAGAGAAUCGUGAGGUCCGCAAUUUCAAGGUUGGGGAUCCCACAGCAUGUAUCAACGUAUCAAUUUGGGAUGAACCGGGAAAACUAAUUAAUCCUGGCGAUAUUAUACGUAUGUCAAAGGGAUAUGCCUCAAUAUGGCGCCAUUGCCUAACUCUGUACUCGGGCAAGAAUGGUGAAGUCAACAAAAUUGGCGAAUUCUGCAUGAUCUUUAACGAGUCCAUUAAUAUGAGUGAACCCAAACGGGAGCAGACACAGCAGCAACAGUCCGCCUCACAAGCAGUGGCCCCAGCUGUGGGAACAGCUGGUAAUGCCGGAUCAAAAACUGCUGGAGCAGGUGGGGGUACAGGACAAACGACAGUUCCUGCCCAGUCGGUGGCGGCCACUGCAGCUGCCACUGCCGCUGCUCCGGCCACAACGGCACCACCUGUUAAGCAGGGUGGACGCGGCGGACGUGGCGGAGGUGGUCGUGGUAGCUCUAUGAAAGCAGAUCGCCGUUAGAGUUAGAUUCGUACUUAUUUAAACUAUUUUUAAGAAUAAAAAAAGACUCGUUUUUUCCUUUUUUU